AUGUCGUGGCUCACGGCCUUUACGGGCUUUGCCGCGCCGCUGUUCCUCGUCCUCUCGCCCAUUCUAUCCUACAGCGACCAGGCCCUCGCGAUGCACCGCCAAAAGAGCAGCGCUGGAUUCAGCCUCGACAUCCCCCUGAUCAUGAUCGUGGCGUCGUUGCUGAGGAUAUUCUACUACCCCGGUGCGCAAUUCGAUCGAGCGCUUUUGGUCCAGGCCUUCGUCAUGAUAGCUGUUCAGGCUGUCCUGCUCAAGAUUGCACUCGACAACAGGCCAGGGCCGGCGCACAAGGGCGGCGAGGCGGCGAUUCCCUUCGCUGGCGCUCAGGAUGGGCUGCGCGGCCAACCAAGACCGUACAAUUUUUGGCAGUGGAGGUCACACAAGCCAUACUGGCAGUUCAUCCUCUACUUCUUCAUCGGCCUUAUGAUCCUCGAGCUCGUCCUCUCGCCAAUCCGAUUCCUCUACGCUAUAUACUCUCCUACGAUCGGCUACAUAGGCCUCGCGGUGGAGGCGACGCUUCCCCUCCCCCAGAUGGCGGCCAACGCACGGUCCCGGUCAUGCAAGGGCUUCCGACCGUCGGUGGUCGUCAGUUGGAUAAUGGGAGACGCCAUGAAGAUGUACUGGUUCUUCACCUCGACGACUGAGAUCCCCACGGCCUUCAAGGUGUGCGGAAUGUUCCAGGCCGCCUGCGACCUGUUCCUGGGCGCGCAAUACCUCAUGUACGGCGACGGCGAUUCGCGCGCGGCGGGCCUGGAGAUGCCGCGCGGCCUUGGCAUCGCCAACGGGGCCGUCCCGAUGCAGCACAUGGAUUCGCACGGCCCGAGCUUUAUAGCCUCCACGGGUCGGAUUGGCGGGGGUUUGGACGGCCCGGCGGGACGUAGAACCCCGAGCCUUUCUUCAAACAAGGACUUUGAUUGA